AUGAACGGUAUGAAGGUGCAACUACUACGCAGGCACGACUACUAUAAAGGUUGGCUUGACUGUGUGAAAGCCUCAGAGGACGAAGAGCUUCUCCGCAGAGGUCUCAUCACCGAGGAAGAGGCUCCACAUCUCCGAGAUAUGGGCGAUCUCAGGGGUCUGAAGAACGGGGGCGCCAAUGUAGGCGCCCAUUUUGGCUGGUCAGUUAUGUGCAAAGUGCACCAGAGACGGGAAAGGGACGUCCGGCUGGACGAUCAAGAGCGGGCGGCCGCUGACAUUACUCCCCGGGCCGGGUUCGAGGAGCGCCCCUUCUGGAGACAUGUUAAGAAUGGUAUCGAACAGGCCAGUGUUAAGUUUCAUGAGCAACUUGGAGAAGCGAAUGCAAAAGAGGAAGCAAGGUCAUAG